AUGUCCGGUUCAAAAUCCCCGAUAGAAGAGACCGAAAAGUCUCUCGUGCAGAAAGCCAGAGCAUGGGGAGAGAACUCAUUCCCACCCACCCUGCUCGCCACUCUCAUUACCGCACAAUACAUGCGACCAUUCCAGGCCCUUCCUAUGCUUUUCCCUCCCGUCCUUAUAUUCACCAGCUAUGCCAACAUCCAAGGCUUCAAAACCGAUACAGCUGGUAUCAGCGCAGCGUGGUCCGGGCUGUACCUGUUGCUCGCGGGUCGUCGGAAGCAGCCGUUCAUGAAGAAAUGGGGCGCGAGGGGAAUUGUCCGCGGUGCGACAAUGGGUCUGUGCUUGGUUAAUAUGGUUAGCGGUGGGUUGGCGUAUACCCUGGGCAAGCGGGAGGAGGAAGAGGAAUAA